UGUUCGAGAGUUGAGACAGGGCGACAGUGAGAGUGAGAGAGAGAGUAUGGAGAAAACGGAGGAGAAUCGAAUUAGGUCAGAUGAUUCCGACGAGUCAGACCCGAGAUAUUUCAAGAAACGUAAUACGGGGAAGAAAGACAACGAUGGGGUGAGCCUAGGAUCUCCGAGUUCUAGGGCAAGAGGAAGAGGAAGAGGAAGAGGAAGGGGAAGAGGGAGGGUGAUGUCUACGCUCGACAAGGAUAAUAACAACUCUGAAGAUGCUGUGAGCAUAGAAUCUCCGAGUUCUGAAGGCCAGGGACGAGCAAGAGGGAGAGGGAGAGGGAGAGGAAGAGGAAACAAAUCUGACGGUGGAGAGGACUCGAAGCCAUCUACUGAAAGACGAGGGAGCGUGAGAUUAAUGUCUACGCCCAACAAGGAUGAUAACAACUCUGAUGAAGGAACGAAAAAGUAUGUGGGUAUGACUUGUCAUCAUUGUAAGAACUUAACGGAUAAGGCUGAUCUUGUCUUCUGUUCUAAAUGUAUCAAGAAGCGCUAUUGCUGUGACUGCAUCAAGAAAUGGUAUCCUGAGAGAACCUCUGAGGAAGUUAGAGAUGCAUGUCCUUUCUGUUUGGGGAAUUGCAAUUGCAAAGCUUGUUUGCGUCUACCUUUGCUUCUCAUCAAGCAGAGACCAAGUGAAAAGGACGCUAAUGUCAAGCUCAACCAGUUGCAGUACCUAUUACUUAAACUUCUUCCACUUCUUAGGGAUGUUUCUAUAGAGCAGAACCGUGAACUAGAGAUUGAAACAUCUAUUAGAGGACUCCCUGUGACUGAAUCUGAUAUUACUAGGAACGGAGCUGGCAUAAAUGAGCGCAUAUGCUGUGACCUCUGCCGCACAUCUAUUUCCAAUUUCCACAGAAGCUGUCCGAAAUGUUCAUGCGAUGUAUGUCUUUCGUGCUGCAAGGAACUAAGAGAGGGAUUCUGUGAUCAAGGUAUCUCUAGUUGGAAGCUCAAUUCAGACGGUAGCAUUCCAUGUCCUCCAAAAGAGUGUGUUGGUUGUUGUGGUAUGUCAACACUGGAGUUGAGACGCUCAUGGGAAUGUGGUUGGAUUGAAAAACUGAUAACGGAUGCAGAGGAAGUUACUAUGCAGUUUAGGCCACCAGAUGUGGAUAUUACUCAUGAAUGUUCCUCAUGCACUGCAAAAUCUGAUUCCAUCAUCACAAGGCAGGCGGCGUUUAGGAAGAAUGGUCAUGAUAACUUCUUAUUCUCCCCAAAUGCUGUUGAUUUGGCUGAAGAAGAUAUUGCUCAUUUUCAGUUGCAUUGGAUGAAGGCGGAACCUGUGAUAGUCAGAAAUGUUCUCGAGAAAGGGUCUGGACUAAGUUGGGAGCCAAUGGUUAUGUGGAGAGCUUGCAGGGAAAUUAAUCCAAAAGUUCAAUGCAAGGGAGGUGCGAACAGCGUGAAAGCUUUGGAUUGCUUGGACUGGUGUGAGGUUGACAUAAAUAUUCAUCAGUUUUUUCAAGGCUACUUGAAAGGCCGCCAGGAUCGCAGUGGUAUGCCAGUAAUGUUGAAAUUAAAAGAUUGGCCUCCAUCAACUCUAUUUGAAGAGAGGCUUCCAAGGCAUAACGCUGAGUUUAUUUCUGCGUUACCUUUCUUUGAUUACACUGACCCAAAGUCAGGUAUCUUGAAUCUUGCAACAAGGCUUCCACAAGAAUCCUUGAAACCAGAUCUUGGGCCCAAGACAUACAUUGCCUACGGUUUCCCUGAAGAGCUUGAUAGAGGAGAUUCUGUGGCAAAACUACAUUGUGAUAUUUUUGACGUGGUUAAUGUGCUGACACACACAACUGAAGUGGAUAUACCUCCCUGGCAAUACAAACUUGUAAAAAAAGCACAGUUGCGUAAACAACACGUUGGUCAACAACAGACAGAAAAAAGGUCACUGAAAGAAGUAGAGAAUGGGGAAGCUUUAAAGGAAUGCGAUGCUCUUGAGGUUGAAGAAAGUUUGAAGACAGAGAGAUUAUCUCCCCAGUACCAAAGUGAGGAUGGACUAAUGAUGCCAACGCUUCCUUCAACUCCCCCGUGGGAUAAAGAGGAAAGCCCUCCACAACCUAAUGUGGGUACAAGUGGGGAGUCCAUACAAGAACAUAAACUGGAUGCUCCAAAAGAAACUAAUGGCAAUGCCAGUGAGAGUUCAAAUGGUGGUGCUGUGUGGGACAUCUUUCGAAGAGAGGAUGUUCCAAAACUUGCUGAGUAUUUGAAAAGACACAAGCAUGAGUUUCAUCAUCUCUACAACGAACCUGUGGAAUCUGUUAUCCACCCAAUUCAUGACCAGAGUAUGUUCUUGAAUGAAAGCCAGAAGAAACAGUUGAAGAAAGAGUUCGAUAUUGAGCCAUGGACAUUUGUACAACACCUAGGUGAAGCUGUUUUCAUCCCUGCAGGUUGUCCCCACCAAGUGAGAAAUAUACAGUCUUGCAUAAAGGUGGCACUAGAUUUUGUUGCUCCUGAGAGUGUAGAAGAAUGCCUUAGGCUAACACAAGAGAUCCGGAGACUCCCAAAAGACCACAGAUACAGCGAAAAUAGAUUAGAGAUUAAGAAAAUGGUGAUGCAUGCAGCGAGUUCAGCCAUAAGAGAAGCACAAGAUCUAAAAAUGCAAAACUCCAGGACGCAGCAGUGGCCUUUGAAAUAAAGACGCCAAGUAGUGUAUUCAUACUAUAUCUCUAAAAGCUUGGCAUUUGUGUUUUUUUUUUUCACGGCUUCUCCAGUAACAUAACUAACAAAUAUCAGCAAACCAACAGCUUCCAUACCUAACAAAAUGGCUUCAAAUCAAGUUUACUG